GUGUGAGAACAUGGUUCACCCUGACAUUGAUGUAAAUGCUUAAUUUUUUCUCAUUUGUCAUCUCAGAGGAUGGGAAAUGAGGUGGUGGAGAGUCAGCAGAUUGAGCAAAUCGAGAUGUCUAUUCAGGAACGCAAGCAGCUCAUCACCACACAAGAGGAUGCCUGGAAGGUCAAAGGUUACAGAGCAUCCAAUGACUCCACUCAGUUUACAGUGGCUGGACGUAUGGUUAAAAAAGGUCUGGCAGCCCCUUCUGUUCUCACAAAUCCAGUGCUGUCCCCUCUGUCCUCUAAAAACAAGAAUGCCUCCCAUACCAUCUCAAAGCCACAUGAAGCAGAGAUAGAAGUCAGACAGGACAUGAAGCUGGAGUCAGACAAGAAGCUGGAAAAGUUGGAGUCAUUCCUUGGUCGGCUCAAUA